CGCGGGAGGAGAUCCGGGGCCCGCCCCGUUCCCUGGGCGACGGCGACGCCGAGCCCGGGCACCAUGGCGGAGGCGGCGGCAGAGGCAGGCAGCCCGCCGGGGCAGGAAGAAGACCAAGAUCAGAAUGCAGUAGGUGGACAGAAGGUUAUUAAUCAGACAUUUCUUUCUCUUUCCGAAAUUACUGCUUUGUCAGAACAAAAUGUAGAAGGAGUUCAAAAAAAGCUGGAAGAAUUUCUGAAUUUUAAACAAUUGAAGACAUCUUUGAAGGAAGCUAUUCUGCUAGAUUAUUAUACUGCUGGAUUUUGGUGGGCUAAAGAACAGAACUUCAGUCUUGUGCAGCUCUCAGGAUUCAUGGAUCUAUUAAACUUCCUGUUGGAGAACCUCUGUGACAAACAUAUGACCUUAGGAGAUAACAUAAAGGAACUUGGAAAAGCAAUGGCUGGAAUAGGAGAAACUGAUUCAGAAAGAAGUGGUGACAUGGAUGUCUUCAGCAUUGAGCAAGCCAAAGCAAUCAUUGAUUACCUGAGUAUCAGCUUAUUUAAACCCUAUAAAUUGUAUGAACAUCUCUUCCACAGUCCUAGAGAAGAACUUGUGAUAAGUAAUAAGAAUGCGAUUGAACUUGCCCCACCUGCAGUUACCCCCUUCCCUCCUUUACUGGAAGAAGGUAUGCCUUCAGAGAGCUGUGCAUCAUUGAUAGUAUUGCCAAUAGCUGCAGAGAUGGAAUCUAAGGGAUCUGAUCAAGAAGGUCACCUGGAAGAACCCUGUCCAGAGGCAGAGUCCCUUGAGGCAGGUGCUGUGGCUGCUUUCAUUGUUGAAGAUCAGAAGUCUGCAGUGGGUGGAAUCCCAAAUGAAAUUACUGGCAACCUUGAGGCAGAGAUAAAUGAAAAGCUGCAAAUGCAAGAAGAAGCUUAUGCUUUGAGAACAGAAAAAUUAAAAAGUCCUAAAUAACCAGAUAAGAAAGGUGAUGUUAAUUUUACAGAAAUUUGGGGGGUGGGCGGUGAUACACAGAGAAGACUGGCUCUCUGCCAGAGCAUAAUUAUUUUUGUAUAAAGGAAAAUGGUUCACUUAACUUUUACCUAGAAAUAGUUCAUCCGAGUUCCUCAAAUUCACUGUGUUCUGCCAGGGUUGUUGUUUAGUUUAGACUUAAGUGGGAGACUGUAAACAAAAGGAUAUGUAAUACAAGCAUGUUGAAGUUCAGUUUAUUUCUGAAUAUAAAUCUCAGUUAAAAAAAAAAAAAAAAAAAACUCUCUAGUUUUAUUAUUUCUUUCUUCCAGUUGUGAAAUGCUUAAAAGUUUCUGCUUUUUCAGGAUAUUUUGCUGGAAGGAGAAUACACAGAAAGAAAAUGUAAUUUUGAGGCAUUGUAGAUACAAUGAGAUAAUUUAAUUAACAUGUAAUUAUACACUUUUUUUUCUAUAGUUAUUCAUUAAUAACAUGUAUGUUAUUUCAUUGUAAUAUUUUUUUUCUAAGCUUUUAAACUACUUUCAUAUAUUACACUUCUUCAUUUCCACCAUACUAAAAUUGCAUAAAAGAAGAGUAUGUACUUUUACAGUCUUCCCAGAAAUAAUUCCUUCUGAUUUCCGUGGAAUUUUUUCUGGAAUACAUGUAACGUUUCAUCUGAAAAUGUAUUUUUUAUUCCUCUGUAUGCUAACAUCAUUCCAUAUUUUGUCAGACAUUACAGAAAUGUUGUAAACACAAGAGAAAUCUAACUAUAUAAUAAUUGACAUGAGAAGAACCAGUUUAACGUCUAUGUUUCAAAAUAGUAAGCUAUACUAAUUGCUGUGUUACAGGACUCUGUGCCCUAGAAAGCAUGUUAAAAACAAGUCAUGCUUUCAAGCGUAAGGGCUGGAUUGCAUAUUUAAGGGAAUAUUUAAGAAACAGAAUAUUUUAUAUGUUACAAUUUUGUAUUUGUUUCUCAUUAAGUAAAAUGUUAGGCUUUGUUUCACUUCACCCACAUUUUUAUGAUGAUAAUGAAAAACGUUCACAAGCCUGACUCAUCCAGGCAAAAAUGACAAUAACCUGAAAUAGUUUGCCUAAAAAGUCUUGUUUGUCACUGCCUGCCUUGCAUGGGUGUGCUCCCUGGUUGUGCUCAGAGCUGAGAGCACAGCCAGAAGGGGGCAUUGCCUGCACGUUGUUCAUCAGAAAGAGCUCCCAGAAUUAAAAGACAGUAUUCAGUAGCUGCAUUUGAGUGCCAAUAGCCUGGAAGUACUCUUUAAAGUACACGUCAGAUGUGUGGGCACUGGACUCCUGUAAAGCAGUUGUUUGAGAUGUCAAGUGGGCAGAAUAUCUUAGUUGGUCUCACGUGUUGAGAAAAAUUAUUACUGUUACAUGAUCAGAAGUAAGCUCUAUAGCAAUUAACCAAAAGUUUUCUUCAUUUUUCUAUCCAACAUGGGCAAACAAGUUAAUAAGAACUUCCUUUCAGCUAUGAAAGCUAACUAUUCCAACUAUUGAACGGUGAGGUAACUCAUGAGGAAUUAUUGGUUUAUCCUAAAAAAAAAUCCUUUAAAAUUUCUAAGAUUCAUGGUUAUGUUCUGCAAUGUUUUUAUUACUUUGAAAUAUGACAUAUUUUUUGUCAUGAAAACUUUCUAAAAUUAAAGGGCCUUUAUUUUGAUACAUAAAUUAAUUUCCCAGAGCAAUAUGCUAAUGUCACAAGUUUCCCUGGUUUUGAACUCAAAGUUGUGAACAUAACUGCUGAAGAGAACUGUCUGUAUGGAAGGGGAGGAGUAUUUCUUAAAAUUUUUGCUGAAAACGUUACUGUCAAUUUAGCACUUCAGUCAAAUCUGAUGACUACAACAUUCUUGCUAUAUGACAAAGCAGAAAAGGAAUAAUGAUGAUUUAUGUUAGGACCAAUGCUAAACAAAGGCUUUUGCCAGUAUCUCUUCCUCCCUCUCCCAUAUUUUGUAGAGCUUCUGGGAAAUUUUGAAGUGCUUUGAAGAUGAGAAGUUGUAUAUGAACAUCCAGUAUUACUGCAAUGAUUUGUUAGCAGUCACUCUUAGUACAUAUGCCUAACAGCUGAGGUACUGCAGCAAUCCAACGUGGAGUUCAAAUCCCACAAACCAUACUUGUAGCUCUCUUCCUGCUGACUAAUAAUAUUUGUAGCUAUCUUCCUGCUGAAAUAAUGCUACCAAUAAAAACAGCCCCAGGGAUUUUUUAUUUUUUUUUUUGAAAUGGGAGGGGGGAUAGUUAAGGAGACUAAGGUGAAGGCGGGAAGAUGAGCAGAAGGUGGACAGGACAUCUCUCCAAGCAGUCAGAGUACAUGCUCUGACACAGCAUAUGAACAUCAAAUUGAAGAAUCCUUUCAUGUCUUCAGAAUGUUAAUAUGAAAUGCAAAACGUCAUGCUUUGGAUGGAUGGGUAGGAACAAAAUGUUCAGAUGCAAUAUGGUGCAUUAAGAACAGUCUCCAGCCUGUAUUCCUGGCUUUUCCGUUGGCUUAAAUCAGGCUUGCUGUUUUUAAAGUCUCCCGUGUCACGUUGAGUUACUGCUCUAGUUGUCUCUAAAAAUAAUUAUACUGUCAUUUCUGGGACCUACAGUUGAGGCUUUUGAGGCUUUGCCAUAAUAAUCUUUGAUUUUUUGUUUCACUACUGAUGUGACAUAGUUCUUCAAAAUAUACAUACUUAACGUAGUUCUUAACGGGUUCCACCCUACAAAGCUUUCAAUUUAAAUCAGGCAGAUGUUGUAGAAAAGAAGAAAGAUGUUACGUUCUGCCUUGUCUCCCAAAUAAGCAAGGAUUUUCCAGGGGGAAAAGGGAUAGUAGAAACACUAUAGUUUUUCCUGUGUAAGGUAUAAUAUUGAUGCUUUUUAGCAUCUGCAUGGUAAAAUCCUGGUCUCCUCUAGGAUUUUAUAAUGAGAUAGUGAACAACUAGUAAUUACCCUCUAGCAAAAGAAAAGCUUUUCAAGCAGUGCUUUCCUGUGUUACACUGACAGAGGAUGGAAGUUUAGAAAAGAUGGAAAGCAGCACUUUCCUGCAUUACAUUGACACGGAGGAUGAAAGUUUAUAAAAGAUGGAAAACAGCUUUCCUAAUAAGAAGCUGGCUGGAAAAGAUGGAAAAGGGGGCAAAAAGAGAAAAGUUUUUUUUUUUUUUUUUUUUUUUUUUAACCUGUUCCAUAGUGUUUUGCCAUGACCUUUUCUUCUCAAGCCUUGCUUCUCUCCUUCUGCAACAAUACUUAAUUUGAAUUUGAAAAUUACCACAUUGUUUCCUUCCUAAAAUUAUAACUGACAUUCCUAGAAAAUUUGCUUUCCCAGAAAAGCACUGUGCGUAGGCUUUGUAUUCAGCUUUCCACAAGUGAGAAAAAGACAUUUUCUUCAAUAAUCUACCCUGCCAACAUGACCACAAAAUGUGUGCAAAGUCAGCAUUUGUCCAUUUAAAUCAGAUUUUUAAGCACAUGGUUCAGUUAACCACCAGUACGCAUGUAUCCAGGUGUAGGUAUUGUACUUAUUUAUUCUGUGAGUAGUAUAUUGUUUUCAUUGAUGGGCUUUGGUUUUCAGUUCGUACUAACUGUGUAACAAGAAACAUCUUUGUAUUACACACACUUGUUGGUUGUGAUUUUUUUUUUGUUUGUUUUGUUUUGUUUGUUUGUUUGUUUUCCAGUAGUAUAUUUUAAACUUUUUCAGUCCUUAUUUCUGCCUUUUCAUCCUGUAAGGUGCUUGGACUUUUCUGUUAAGGGAUUCCUAUGAGAUCUGUCUCAUUCUGGUGAGAUUUACACAAGCCACUGCAGAGAAGGAUGUUCUGAUGCUACUUCUGCUGUACAGAGCCUCCCUAGAAUAGACUUCAUCCCAGGUUGUAACCCAGAAGUAAAUAGAAGACAGCUGCUCAAAAGAAAGGAUACUAAUAUGGGCUGUACCCUCUCAUCCUCAGCUAGCCCCUGUUUAUGGCAGAGUGUGGAUAUGACAGAUGAACUUCGACAUGGGUUACGUGCAUCUCAAGGCUGGUAAAGAAUUCAUAGCUAAUGCAUGUAGCUUUCCUGUGGUGUGGAAGGGAUGUUUACACUCUUACUAGCACUAGUCAGAGCGAUGUGUGGUCCUGAAGCAAAAGGUACUGCAGGUAACUGGGCAAUUCACCCUCUUUCCUCUCCCUCCUAUUUAUUUUAGGAUGGAUAGUGUUAUACCUGCCCCAGCCACAGUGUGCGUGGUUCUCCUGUACACUGGUGUAGGGAGGAGUUGUGCCCAAGGUGAGAUCACCUCCAUUUCUCUGCCACGGUUGACAAGGAAGUGACAGCAGUGACAAAACACUCAGGCUGUGUUGCUUGCCAUGAGCAAGUCAAAACUCAUGCAUGUAACGCUUCAACCCAUUUUCUUGUGGCACUUCAAGUGUGCAGAGCAAGCUUCAAACUCCAGCAGUUGUGGAUUUAGAUUACAUGUUUGUGCCAAAAAA